GAAUUCCUCCAGGUCCCAGCGAAAGUUAAUACAUUUUUUAGUUUGCUCGAUCGUUGUCCCGAGAAAAUCCUCUGUUUUUUAUUUUCCGACUAGCCAAACAGAAAAGGAAAUGGCAUAUCGCUGUUUUUCCUCCGUUUCGCUGGUCUCCAUUCGCAGGCUCUCUGCGACUAACAGUUCCAUGGCAAUGGCGGCGGUGUUCCAUCGCAUAUCAAAAGUACAAAACUGCACCUCCCUCUGUACAAUCACUAAUAGAUGCUUCAACUCUAUCUCUUGUCCAAUCAAUGCAAAACCCUUCAAAAACCCAUUUCAAGUGAGGUCACUAGCUGCUAUCUCUGAAGCUGCUGCUGGUUUUGAUGAGAUGGUUUCCAGUACCCAGCGCAAGUAUUACAUGCUUGGUGGGAAAGGAGGUGUUGGGAAAACAAGUUGUGCUGCAUCCCUUGCUGUAAAAUUUGCAAACCAUGGGCACCCCACUAUAGUGGUCUCAACUGACCCUGCUCACUCCCUAAGUGAUUCUUUUGCUCAGGAUUUAAGUGGAGGGACACUUGUUCCAGUUGAAGGACUAGAUUCUCCACUAUUUGCUCUUGAGAUAAAUCCUGAGCUAUCUAGGGAAGAAUUCCGCACUGCAAGUCAAAAAAGUGGUGGCAGUGGUGUUAAAGAUUUUAUGGAUAGUAUGGGCCUUGGAAUGCUUGCGGAUCAGUUAGGAGAACUAAAGUUAGGAGAGUUGUUGGACACUCCUCCGCCUGGUAUGGACGAAGCUAUUGCAAUUUCCAAGGUAAUGCAAUUUGUUGAGUCACCUGAAUAUAGUAUGUUUACUCGGAUAGUUUUUGAUACUGCACCAACAGGUCAUACACUCAGGCUUUUGUCCCUGCCAGACUUCUUGGAUGCAUCCAUAGGCAAGAUGAUGAAGUUAAAGAAGAAGCUAGCUUCAGCAACAUCAGCAAUCAAAUCAGUCUUUGGAAAGGAAGAGACACGGCAAGAUGCUUCUGACAAACUGGAGCAACUAAGGGAGAGGAUGGCAAAAGUGCGAGAUCUUUUCCAUAACUCAAACACGACAGAGUUUGUUAUAGUAACAAUUCCAACGGUCAUGGCGGUUAGUGAGUCAACGAGGUUGCUUGCAUCCUUGAAGAAGGAACAUGUUCCAGUUCAGAGACUUGUUGUUAAUCAGGUUCUACCUCCAUCUGCAUCAGAGUGCAAGUUUUGUGAAAUGAAAAGGAAGGAUCAGAUGCGGGGUCUAAAUAUGAUCCAGAACGAUCCAGAACUUUCCCGUUUGAGAUUAAUCCAGGCACCCCUAGUUGAUGUAGAGAUCAGGGGUGUCCCAGCUCUUAAAUUCAUGGGGGAUAUGGUUUGGAGAUGAAGCUUCAAUUUCUGGAGACAGCAUAAUUAGAAUGCGAUAGUUUGCUUGAUGACCGCAAAUCCAUGAGAAUGGAACUCACCUUUUUGCUUUUCACUGUGUGAAUUCCAGGAGUGUAGUUGCCAGUUUUGUAUGAUUUGCUCCCAUGUCCUGGUGCAGUGGAGCUUUUUUGUUGAGUUUGGAAUUGUAACAUUAAAAUGAGUCGUUCAAGCUGGUGAAACUGAGGAAUGAAUUAUGUGGGUUGCAGAAUAUGAGAAAACCUGAAGAAAUUAAGGUAGGGCAUAUGAAUGAAGUUGAUGUUACACAUGUACAAUUUAUUUGAACUAGCUUAGACUUGGCUUCAUUUCUGAAUCCCUUUUUGGAAUUUUUCUUUCCUGUUCUUCAUUUUUCUCCAACAACUAAAUGGAUCCCAUGGCAAUAGCGUCAUGAGACAUUACUACUGUGAUAAUGAUGUCGGUUUAUUUAAUUUCAUUGAAGUGAUUAAAUAC